GGCGUUGAGAACUUGAGAUACACUACUCAAAAAGAAAAAAUAAAUAAAUAAAUAAAUAAAGAACUUGAGAUACGAAAAUGACAAAGUUCAACCACCAUUGAUGUUGCUUAUCAGAGGAGGAGAAGAAUAACGAAUUCUUAUCAACAAUGAGAGAUUCCUGUGAUUUCGAAUUGACAAAGCUUCAACAUAUAUGCAGAUGUAUCCGAUGAGAAAACGGGUCAAAAGAGGAAGUGGAGGAGAGACAAAACGGACAAAAAUGUGGAAAUCAUUGCAGAAAACGGUAAAGAAUCUAAGGAAGACGAGCAUAGUAUUGGGAAUUUCCAAUAUAGGGGUGAUUGCCAUGGGAGGAGCAUUAAUGGUGUUUGAGGAUGAGAGAUCUUGCAAGCGUAGUCAGCUCCUUCCCUUCUUCAUAGUCAUGGCUGUUGCUGGUGUUCGAGUUUUGGCAAUGAUACGCUGCGCAAUUGAACAGCAAGCUGCUGCUAUUGCUGUUUUGGGCUCUUUUCCUGAUGCUUCUUCUGCUCUUACAGAUAAUCUUUCUCGCCAACAAAGAAGACUGAAAUACAAAAGAUGGCUUUGGUGGACAAGGUUAGCAACAAUUGUUACAGUGGUGCAGUUUUUAUCAGCAAUGUAUCUCAUGUUUGUGUUGGUUGGCCAUACUUCAUUGAAUGAUUGUGCUUUAGUGUCACUUUCUAGUCACGGAUGGUGGAAGAAGCAUCUUUUGGUUGCUUUUCUGAUAAUGGUGUGUUUCGUAGCAGUGCUGCAAUGCUUUGCAAGUUCUGAUGUUCUAAGAUGGAGAUCUUUUUAUGACAAGCAAGAUAUUGCCUGGAAAGCUCAUUAUCAGGAGGUAUUUGACCAUGGUAUUCGUGAAGCUUUAUGUUGCCUGGGUCGAGUCAAAUACUUGAAAAACAUGGAGGAGGAUGAGAUUAAUUCAGUGGCCCAAUUGUUGGGUGAUCUUGUCACAUAUCGCGCCACAGGCACGGGGCAUUUGGAAUUUUUGGCAGGCCUGGCUUUAUUGCAGAUGCAUAAUCAGUCUCCCAAAUUAGAUGUUGAUUCUAUCGAUGCUCCUGAUGAUAAGAUUCAGGAGGCAACUGUCUUUCACCCAUUUGCUGAAGCUGCGUACACGGGUCCUUUGCUUGAUGUUGGUAGAAAUCCUAUCUUAUUUCCAUGUGCAUGGCUAUAUAGGCAAGGAGUUCUUACAGCAUGGAAUCGUAACAGACGACCUGUACUCCAAGGUGAUAAUUGGUGGCGAGGGCAUGCUGCAGCCUUUCUCAAAUAUGCUAAUAUACCCCCGGAAGCUCUUCGACGUGGCCGCGUAAACCAGGGAAAGUGCCAGGCUGCAUACUUCAUUGUGGUUCUGCAUGAUACAAGGUCUGUAGUAAUUGCAGUACGAGGUACUGAGACGCCUGAAGAUCUUCUUACUGAUGGACUAUGCAGGGAGACUUGUCUCACAAUGGAAGACUUAGAUGGAUUAAUAAAUUGCAUGCAUAUUGCUCCUAGUGUGAGCCAAAAUGUUCUUUCAUCAUUCCCACAUUAUGGACACUCGGGGGUAGUAGAGUCUGCUAGAGAACUUUAUCACCAAAUUGAAGGGGCCUACUCAGGUGCUACCGGACUUGCAGCACUUGAAUCUAGGGGAUUCCUUUCAUCACUUCUGGGAGCAGGAUGUGAGUGUGAUGGUUAUGCAGUCCGGAUUGUGGGGCAUUCUCUUGGAGGUGCUAUUGCAGCAUUGCUUGGUAUUAGGCUUUAUAGCCGGUUCUCAGACUUGCAUGUGUAUGCAUAUGGACCUCUUCCGUGUGUGGAUUCAGUUAUUGCAGAUGCAUGUUCUAGCUUCAUUACGAGCAUUGUACACGACAGCGAAUUUUCAUCAUUUCUUUCUGUCAAUUCAAUAUUAAGGCUGCGAGCUGCAGCGUUAACUACAUUGUCACAAGGCGGCACUGCUGAUACAGCCACAGUUUCUAAAUUAGCACAGCUGUUUCUUUAUGUAAGUAAGUACCAGAACGGGAAGUUUUUUCAGUCUAUGCCAAAUGCAUCUAUUGCUGGUAAUGCAACACAAACCUGUGCGACCGAAAAAGUUUAUGGUUCUCAGUUGGAGAUUUUUCCUGAAGGAAACAUAAACCUUGGCAGCUAUGCUUUCCUGGAUGGAGAAUCCCAUACUAAUCAAGAAAAUCACAAUAGUACGACACAUGAUAUUACUAGUUCUUUUGCCCCUGAUGAAAAUCCUGUUAAUGAUCCAGUAUCUCGGUUCUUGGAAGCAGUACCUUCAUCUGUAAGUAGAUCACCUGGUGAUCCACCUGAACUCUUUCUUCCAGGCUUUAUUAUACACCUAAUCCGAAAACAAAGGGGUAUAAGUUUCCCGCUUCUGAGAGGUUGGGGAGCUCAAGAAAGGGAACCACCAUAUGGGGCAAUCAUUGCUAACAAAGAAAAUUUCAAGGAGAUACUCAUUUCGCCUUCAAUGUUUCUGGAUCAUUUUCCCUGGAGAUGUCAGUAUGCUUUGCAAAGAGUUUGCGAGUUGCGGAGAAUGGAAUUAAACCAUGAUAAUUUGCAAAUGGUUUGAGCACAGUAAACGUAAUUUUUAAUAUCCGGUCUACUAGCUUGCAUUUUCAUGUUGCAUUUUUGCAUUAACUGUGAGCUCUGUUGGAAGAAGAAUGCUAAAGCGGACAAACGCAAAAUUUGAGGGUGCUUACUGUUCUGUGAGUAUGAUGAAUAUUGCUUCCGGACUCCUGGUACAUGAAGGGGUUGAACAAACGUUCUGUAUAUAAUUAUUUCCCGAGAACAUUCAAGUUUUCUGGUCAUUAAAGUGAAUGGCACAGACUUUUCCUAAUGAGAUUAAUUAUUUGCCAUUUACUGUCAUUGAUGUAUAUAACUUAGAGCUUGUUGGCUACAUUGAACUUGCACAACUAUCUGCGUUUAUGCGGUUGGCUAGAUUGUUCGUCUUGAUCCUUUGAGAGUUCUGAGAUCUCUGAGUUGAAGAAUUUCGGAUUAAGGAAGCAUUGCUUGCCCACACAAGAUCUUUAGUUUGAGGAUUACUGAAAUAUGAUUCAUGAACCAACAUAUUGUAUCAGCAUCCAAUACCUAAAGACAACGGGUCAUUGGAUUUGGCUUAUAAUGUAACUUCAUCUCCUAACUUGUUUUCUUAUAUUUAGUGUUAUAAGUAUGAUAUGUAUUAGGAAAGAUGAUACAAGCCCCAAACUUUAGAAGAUUACAAGAAAAGAACAACUUAUUACAAUAACUCUGAAAUGAAACUUAUGAAACCGAAAUUUAUACUUGCACUUGAAAAAUCACACUGUAAAAGAUCAUUUAGACUAAGAAGUUUUUGAAAUCAUGAUACUGAACCGAGACACUUAGAAAGUUUUUCUAAAAGCAUUAUUCCACUCACACGGUGCUUGGGCUUUAAAUUUGAAAUACACUUUUGAGAUAUAACAGCUUACACUUUGAUAUAAACACUAUCUAUCAAUCAAUGUGAAGAACGAGAUUAUAUAAGAAGAAAACUCAGAAAUAUAGUAAAGGAUUUUGCAAGAUUUAAUUACAAGAAACAUGUAGAGAAAAAUGGGAAGAAAAGGAUAAGAUGAACAUAAAAAGUAGAAUCAUGAUUGCUGUAACUUGUUUAUCCUUGAUGCAACCACCUGCAUUUAUAAUGGUGUAUGCAUGCUCUUAAUACCACACAUUUUGCCACAAAAAUUGACAUUACAUCAGCCUUCAU